AUGGCAACAAGAGCUCCACCAAGACCACCAGUAGGUAAAGGACCUGCUCCACCAAUGAUGGGAAUGAAACCACCAGCUCCACCACCUCCUCCAGCACCAGCGGCACCAGUUGCACCACCACCCAAAUCAUCAGAGAGAAAUGCAUUGCUAAACUCUAUUCAAAAGGGCUCCAAAUUAAAGAAAACAAAGACCAACGAUAGAUCAAGUCCAUUACUGGCACCAGACAAGUCAGCUGGUGGCGGUGGUGCCGGUGGAAUGCCACGUCCAGGUGGUGCUCCAAUGGGAGGAAUGCCACGUCCAGGAGGUGCAGGAGGACCCCCACCAAUGGCUCUUCCAGGAAUGAAAAAACCAGCAGGACCACCAGCACCAAUUAGCUCUGGACCACCAAAGCCAGUUGCUUUACCACCAAAAUUACCUGCAAAAGUCGCUGCUCCACCACCCAAGUUACCACCAAAGAUUGCUCCUGAUCAGAAAAUUUUAACCAAUAACCAUACGAUUUUUGUCACCAGAAUUGAUCAAUCAACUACUACUGCCCGGGCAUAA